AUGCGUACCUUUAUUGUAUUGUGCUUUGUUGCAUUGUGCUCUGCUUCACUGGAGGGGUACAACUAUCCUAGCCAAGCAAAUGGUCCUAGUGUGGGUACUAUCUCUGGAAUUUCAAAACGUUUCUUUAUUCACUCAGCCCCCGAAGAGGAAGGUGUAGAAGUCCAUCAACACGACAUUGCUGUCGGUACACCACGCAAAAACCUUAAUGUAGUUUUCGUUAAAGCUCCAGCUGAGAAACAACAAAAGAUUCAGGUCCGUAUCACACCGGCUGUUAAUGAGGAAAAGACUGCUGUCUAUGUUCUAUCGAAGAAAGCUGAUGCUCCUAUUGUGGAAUCCAUUGUUCAAGAACCGGUUACAACCACCAGCAAACCUGAAGUUGCUUUCAUCAAAUAUCGUACAAACGAGGAAGCCGAACAUGCUCAACGUCACAUUUUGGCUGAAUACGAUCGUUUGGGUGGCACCACAAGUGUUUCCGAUGAAGGUGUUGCUCUUGUUAAAUCUGUUAUUGGUCUUUUCGAUACACUGCAACAAAGCGGUCAAGAAAAAUCUGAUGCUGCGCCAACUGGUGAAUAUUUACCCCCAACCGAAAGUCAUUAA